AUGAGGUCCUUUCUGCGACUUUUAGGGCUCGCCUGUGCUCUUGGCACUGGGGGUGCAAUAAAUGCAGAUGUCUCGACUUGCACUUCCACCGCCAACACUUUGGGGUCAUUCAAUUUGACAGCUGGUGCUGCUUGUGCUUGCAAGAAGCUCCCUGCCUCUUACCCAAAGCAAUACAUUUCUCCCGUCUCACCAAACUACAACGAGCAGGCAACAAACUACUGGGAUGCUCGAGCCGAUUUGAGCCCAGCUUGCAUCUUUAUGCCCAAGAAUGCCGACCAAGUUGCUGCUGCGGUUGGGGUCUUUGUUCAAUGUGAUGCCCAAUUUGCUGUCCCAGGCUCAAAUAACAUUGAUGGCGGUGUCCUUUUGGCGUUCAAUGAAAUGACCAGGUAUAAAGUUAACAAGGACACAAUCGAGGUACAGCCGGGAAUGACUUGGUAUGAUGUGUAUUCAGCACUUGACCCAUACGGCCGGACGGCCAUCGGUGGUCGUCUGAAAACCAUUGGAGUACCAGGUCUCACUCUCAUCGGCGGAGUAUCUUACUACAUCAACAAACACGGCUUCGCUAUGGACAACGUCGCCAGUUACGAUAUUGUACUUGGAAAUGGCACUCUGACAAUUGCGAGUGCUACCGCAAACCCCGACCUGUUCUGGGCCUUGAAGGGAGGUGCCAGCAACUAUGGAAUUGUGACAAAAUUUACCUUGAAGACAUAUUCUAUGCCGCACAUCAGCACCACUAUUCAAAUCUUUAAUGAGACCUCGACGCCUGCUUUCAGUCAGGCGAUCUGCAACUGGGCAGUCGGUAAUAGCAAUAGCCCUGUUGCUGCUGGCUCCGUGAUUACCAUGACUUACAAUACGACCACCAAGCAGAUGUCUUCCAGUCUCCUUGGCGUUCAAGCUGGAAUCAGUAAUCCGCCAUCUGGGUUCAGGAACUUUACCGCUAUUCCCGGACUUUCCAAGACUCACAACGUUACGACCGGGAAGCAAUGGGCAUCUAAUCUGGACACUCCCAAGCAAAUGUUCCGGGACAUGUUUUCACACCACUCGAUGACACCCGACGCUGAAGUCUUUACAUUCAUGAUCGAGACAUGGAAAAAAGCUGUCAAAGAUAUUGCCGAUGUUAAAGGUCUCCACCCAACCUUUGUGGCAAACAUAUCCCCAGCGAGCGCCUCGAGAGUUUCGAAGACCAAUGGUAUUAGCAAUGUGUGGGAUCUUGACGAUGAAGCUCUGAUAUGGUGGCAACUUAGCACCAGUUGGGAACUGCCCCAAGAUGACCUCCGAGUGCAAUCUUGGGCUCGUCAAUUGACUGAACACCUUCACGAAUUGAACAAACACAAUGGCCUUGCAAGGGAAUUUGUCUACAUGGGCGACGCAGGCGAGUGGCAGGAUCCUUAUGCCGGAUUUAAGCCUGCCAAUGUUCAGCGAAUGAAAGAAAUCAGAGCAGCCUAUGAUCCCAAGGGGACCUUUUCGAGGCUGAACUGGGGUGGGUUCAAGCUUGGCUACUGA